GACAUUAGAGUUUUUCUAUCUGACUUGCUUGCCUAGAAGCAAGCUUGUUGCUCGAGGAGAGUGGGUUAUACGGGCUACUGUCUAGCUGGAAUCGAUGGAGUGUUCUGAUAUUUGGAGACUUCACAAUGCCGUAUCGCAUUUUGAAUCGAAGAAACGUAUUUUUUCCGUAUUGAGCAAGCAUAAACUAAGUCAGUCGUCAAUUGUGCUCAUAAGUUCUCGAGCGGCAGAAGACAUUUCGAGUGCAAUUGGUUCGGUGUUGUUGUCUUCUUCGUCUGACGACGUUGUGCAAGUUGUGAAACAAGCCUGUCAAUGGUUGACGUUGGCUGUUGCAUCUGCAACAACAGAUGUUUCCUCUCUACCAGCAGAACUGCAAGAAAAUUUGCUCGUGAACCUUACUGGCGUUGUUACUGCUGCACCUCACCUUACAGAGUUUGUUGCUCGAGCUUUUAAAGACGUGCCAUUUCCUUUGAGAAGGAUGUGUGUAACUCAGCAGCAAGACUCGGUGAGGACAUCAUCUGUUAUUCGUGCAUUAUACAGGUUGCUGCUGCUGUCAAAGGACAUACUGUCUCACAUAUGGGAUUGGGGUGAUGUGGUAUAUCUGCUAGGAAAUAGCGAAUCAGAUAUCAGAUGGUAUGCCAUUGAAAUUAUUUCUCUAUUAGUCAAUCUUCAGGAGGACAAGAAGAUAAAACUCAGGUCAUAUUUUAUCUCUAAUGAAGCCGAAGCUGAUCAUCUAAGUGUUGAUUUUGAAGAACUGCUAGAGAGCAAUAGGUUUUGGAGACAAGGUGGGCAUCACAAGUUGAAUCAAGACAACGAACUAUUGGUGGUGGUUGACAGUAGUCCUAGUUUGCCUGUUGUCAGCAUAGCUGGGAUUCAUUUGACAAUACAAAGAUCUUUGUUGGAGUCAAGGACAUUGCUUUGUGGAGACGGUUCUCUUGUACUGACACCGUCUACCUGUCGUAAUCUCCGGAGUUUGGCACUUGCCAUCUCAUUACAGAAAUGUGCAGUUUUACUGGAGGGGCCAGUUGGCACUGGCAAGACUGUUCUUGCGGAAUGUAUGGCAGCAGUGUUAGGACGCUCUCACUAUCCUUUGAUUCUCAAAGUUCAACUUGGUGGUCACACAGAUAGCAGGUCACUAAUAGGGAUGUAUCAGUGCUCUGACAGACCUGGAGAGUUUUUUUGGCAACCUGGUGUCUUAACCGAGGCUGUCACGAAGGGUUACUGGAUACUACUGGAAGAUAUUGACUCUGCUCCAGUAGAGCUUAUGUCACUUCUGAUUCCUCUUAUGGAGACAGGCAGAUUGAACAUUCCGAGUUAUGGAGCAACGCUGAAAGCUACCCCUGGGUUCCAAUUAAUAGCAACUCAAAGGACAUUGUCAGCUGGAAGCAGUCGUGUAAACCUGGGCACUCAGAUGAGACAGACAAAUGCAUGUUGGUCACAUGUUGUAUUGGAACCAAUGAGCAAUGAUGAGCUUGUGCAAGUUAUUGGGACUCGAUUUCCAUCUUUGCGGACGUCAGCUACUAAGCUGGUAGAGAUAUUUUGCUUUCUAUCAACAGAAAUGCACAGUCAGCCUAUGCCAUCUCUGAGUCGGAGACGAGAUUUAUCUCUACGUGAUUUAAUCAAGUUGUGUGAGAGAUUGACUUCAAAGAAUGAUGGGGAAGUGAUGACUGUGACUGUGUCACUCUUACAAGAUGUGAUGGACUGCUUUUUGGUGUCUGCACCAACAUUACAGGAACUUCAACAAGCUGCUUGUGCAGUUGGUUCUUUGCUUGGAUUUAAUGCAGACAAGGUACGUUUUGUGUGCUUAAAUAUGAAACCAAGUCUUGAGCUUUCUCAAAGUCAUGUUACUAUUGGUCGAGCAACUCUAUCUGUGUUGCCGGAUAAGUUACCAUUGAAGGAAUUUGGACGUCCUCAUGGUCACGCUCUUACUCGCCAUGUUAUGGUGUUACUUGAACAACUAGCAGUCUGUGUACAACAAGGUGAACCAGUUUUAUUAGUUGGAGAAACAGGAACAGGAAAGACAUCAACUGUCCAACAUCUGUCAAGAUUGACAGGUCAUCAUCUUACUGUGCUAAACUUAAGUCAGCAAUCAGACAGCAGUGAUCUUCUUGGAGGGUUUAAACCAGUUGAUCUGCGCAAAGUUGUUGGUGAUGUUAGAGACCAGUUCUUAGAACUGUUUGGCAGAACGUUCUCAGUGAAGAAAAAUGUUCAGUUUCUUCGGCAUAUUCAGGACUUAUAUACAAAGUUUGAUUGGGAAACUCUACUGAAAUUGAUGUGUCACUGUUUGUCGGCUGGCAAGAAGAAAUCAGGAACUGUAGCUAGUGAAUGGGAGACCCUCGGGCUAGAACUUCAGCAACUGAUGGCAAAGCUUCGAGAAGCAAAUACUUCAUUUGUCUUUGCCUUUGUUGAGGGCAAGGUUGUUGAAGCUGUAAAGAACGGUAAUUGGAUUCUGCUUGAUGAAAUCAAUUUGGCAUCUUCAGAGACGCUUGAUUGUCUCAGUGGUCUCUUAGAAAAGGGAAGGGAAUCUGCUGUUCUACUAGAAAAAGGGGAACUUCAGCCUGUUCCUAAGCACUCAGAAUUUCGUUUGUUUGCAUGCAUGAAUCCAGCCACAGAUAUUGGUAAACACGAUUUGCCAAUUGGAAUAAGAAGCAGGUUUACAGAGAUUUAUGUCUCAGACAUGAAUGAUCCAUCUGAUUUGAAACAGCUGGUUUUGGAGUACUUGCAAGCUUUCACAUUGACUGCUAAACAACUGAACAGUAUUGUUUCGCUGUAUGGAGCUUUGCGAGAUCUUGCACAACAAAAACUUGUUGAUAUUGGAGGACACAAGCCUCACUAUAGCCUUCGCACUCUCUGUCGAGCUCUCACAUUUGCUGUUUUAGUAAAUUGUGGCAGUGUGCUGCGAUCUUUGUAUGAGGGAUUCUGCUUCAGCUUUACUUCACAGCUUGACAGGGCAUCUCAUGUCCUGGUUUUACGGAUUGUGGCUGGUCAUUUGAUGUGCAGUGUGCAGUUGCUUCAGCAGCCUAUUCCUAGACCUAUGCCUCAUAGUGAUUAUGUGAACAUAGAGGGAUAUUGGCUUAAAAAGGGAGACCAAGAAGCAGAGUCACCAGCAGACUUUGUGUUGACAGAGACAGUGAAAGCAAAUCUGAGGGAUGUGGCACGUGUUGUGUGUGUCAGGAGAUAUCCACUGUUGCUGCAAGGCCCAACAUCUGUUGGCAAGACAAGUCUAAUUCGAUUCUUGGCUCAACUUACUGGUCAUCGAUGCAUUCGAAUUAACAACCAUGAACAUACUGACUUGCAGGAGUAUGUUGGAUGCUAUGUGGCUGAUCAGCAUGGAAAGUUGGUUUUUCAGGAAGGGCCACUGGUGGAUGCCAUGCGCAAUGGCUACUGGGUGAUUUUGGAUGAGCUGAAUUUGGCCCCAACAGAUGUACUAGAAGCAUUGAAUAGAGUGCUUGAUGAGAAUCGAGAACUUUUUAUCACAGAAACUCAGGAGGUUGUAAGGGCCGAAGCAGGCUUUAUGCUGUUUGCGACACAGAAUCCUCCUGGUCAGUAUGGAGGACGGAAGCUGCUGUCACGUGCUUUUCGUAAUCGAUUUGUUGAGCUUCAUUUUGAUGAAAUUCCCACAAAAGAGCUGGAAACAAUAUUAGAGAAACGCUGCUCAAUUCCUCUGUCAUACUGCAGCAAACUUGUUUCUGUUAUGAAAGAUCUUCAGACUCACAGACGAGGUUCUGGUGUGUUUGCUGGCAAGUAUGGCUUUAUUACAUUGAGAGAUUUGUUUCGCUGGGCUGAACGAUACAGAAGAGCUGUGGUGAGUGAGAAGUUUUAUGACUGGGAACAACACUUGGCAGAAGAUGGUUACUUGCUUCUUGGUGGACGUGUCCGCAAGGCAACAGAAGAGGACAUUAUACGAGAGACAAUUGAAAAACAUUUUAAAAGGAAAAUAUCUGUUGAUCAUUUGUUUGGAGUCUCUUCAAACCUUUGUGACAUUGAUAAACUUUCACCUUUAUCAGCAGAAAUACUGCGCUUUGUAAGGGACAGAAGCAGCACAACAUUUCACCAUCUUGUUCUUACAAGAAACAUUCGACGUAUCUUGGUGCUUGCUGGAAGAUCUUUUCUCUUCCAAGAACCAGUUCUGUUAGUUGGAGAAACAGGAUGUGGAAAAACAACGGUAUGCCAGUUAUUUGCUGAGCUGAAGGGACAGCAGUUGUUUUCAGUCAAUUGCCACAUGCAUACAGAAGCAGCAGACUUUCUAGGCAGUCUUCGUCCUGUCCGUAGCCACUCUGUUCAGGAUGGAGAUGGACUUAGACUGUUUGAAUGGCAGCAUGGUCCUCUUGUGCUGGCUAUGAUGUCUGGUGCUUGCUUUCUUGUUGAUGAGAUUUCUCUAGCUGACGAUUCUGUCUUAGAAAGACUAAACAGUGUAUUAGAGCCUGAAAGGAGGUUGCUGCUUGCUGAGAGAGUUAUUGAUGGAAGCAACAAUGAGUCACAGGACAUCACAGCUCAUGAAGACUUCCUGCUAUUUGCAACCAUGAAUCCUGGUGGAGAUUUUGGAAAGAAGGAGCUUUCUGCAGCUCUGAGCAAUCGUUUCACUGAGGUAUGGUGUUAUACAAGUAAUGAUCGGGCAGACCUUCUUGAAAUUAUUAGACACAACCUUAAACUUCAGCCAUUAGAAAGUUGCAAUAUUGGAGAGCGAAUGCUUGACUUCAUGUACUAUUGGAAUUCUUGUGUGUCUGCGAAAAGGUCUGUUAGUGUGAGAGACUUGCUUUCAUGGGUGGAGUUUAUAAAUGUUUGCAAUACAAAUUCCAAUAGAAGUCUGUGUCCUAUUGACUCAGAAUUGGCUUUUGUCCAUGGUGCUUGCCUCAUAUUUGUUGACGGCAUUGACAUGUUUACUGGACUUCAAGACAUGUCAGAGUUUGUUAACAUGAAGCAGAAGAUCUUAGAGUUUCUCUUUAGUCAAGUCAAAGAAUCAACAGUACAGCAACUGUUAUACCUUGGUUGUACUGGUGGAAUAGUUGAGAAUGGAGAAAAGUCAGAGGGUAUAAUUUCAGACAAAGUAAAAUUUGGCAUUUAUCCUUUCUUUAUUCCACAAGGAAACAGUGAGACUUUGCCUGAACGGACGUACACGUUUGGAGCUCCAGUGUCAUGUCAGAAUGUGUUUCGACUUCUCAGAGGUCUGCAACUUCCAAAGCCUGUACUUUUGGAGGGUUCACCCGGUGUUGGCAAAACAAGUCUGGUGAUGGCUCUAGCUGCAGCAUCAGGCCAUGCUGUUGUGCGGAUAAACUUGUCUGAGCAAACUGACAUCAAUGAUUUGUUUGGUACUGAUUUGCCUUUGGAGGGUGGCAAGCCUGGCGAGUUUGCAUGGCGAGAUGGUCCUUUGCUUUCUGCUCUUAAAGAAGGAGACUGGGUGGUGUUAGAUGAGUUGAACUUGGCAUCACAGUCAGUGUUAGAAGGGCUGAAUGCUUGCUUUGAUCAUCGUUCAGAGAUAUAUGUUCCAGAACUAAAUACAACAUUUGCUGUACAGCAAGAGAAAACCAGAAUAUUUGCAUGCCAAAAUCCUGCUUAUCAAGGUGGUAAUCGCAAAGGCUUGCCAAAGUCAUUUAUCAAUCGGUUCACAUCAGUUUUCAUGCAGGAAAUGGGGCAAGAAGAUUAUUUGUUUAUUAUUCAAAAUGCAUUUUCUGAUAUUGAGCAUUCUGUGUUGUCUUCAUUGGUGGCAUUCAAUGCAAUGCUACACGAAGAAGCAGUGAUAAACCGUAGGUGGGGUCUGAAAGGCGGACCUUGGGAGUUGAACUUGAGAGAUCUAUUUCGAUGGUGUCAGUUGAUGAUGAAAUAUCAAUCACCUGGGUGCUGGAACCCGUUAGCAUUUGUAGACACUGUAUACACUUCACGAUUUCGCAGUGCAGAGGACAAGCAGAAGGUUGGUAUACUUGCUGCUGAUGCUUUUGGUGAUGUAUGCUGUUCAAAGAGUAAUUUUGGCAUUACACCUUCAUCAGUAAAGAUUGGAAUGACUGAACUGCAACGUAUAGGACAGUUUGUUAAUUCUGAAGAUCACUUCUACUUGUUGCAUCACUGGCUACAACCUCUGAAUGCUCUAGUGCAAUGUCUAGACAUGGGCUGGAUGGCAAUAUUGGUUGGAUGUUCUGGUGUUGGGAAGUCAAGUCUUGUUCGUGCACUAGCACAGUUAACGGGUCACAAAUUGCUAGAACUACCAGUUUCUUAUGAUAUGGACACUACAGAACUGUUGGGUGGCUUUGAGCAGGGAGAUUUAAAACGAGAUUUACUCCAAACCUCUUGUAGACUCAAGUCAUUAGCUGAAGGCAUUGUGCAAGACAUGUUGGUCAAACUUGCUUUACCAGACAGUGGAGAUCAAGCUGAUUGCCUGUCUGUAAUCAGUAACCUGCUGUCUACUAAAAAUUGUCUAGAAGCUGCAACCAAUUUUUUAUCAACAGGUGAUCUUUUGAAAAUACUGCAACGUGCUGUGACAAAAGUCGAGUACAUCUUACCAUUUCUGGAGGCAUUGUAUUUUGACUGUCAUGAUAAGUUGAAGGAACUUCAAGUUGUGGUGCGGUUGUUGAGGGAUCAGAUCACAGUUGGUGACUGUCAUGGAGGAGUUUUUCAAUGGGUUGACAGUGUCUUGGUUCAAGCAAUACAGAAUGGUGACUGGGUACUAUUGGAUAAUGCAAAUUUUUGCAGUUCAUCAGUACUUGAUCGAUUGAAUCCUUUACUGGAACCAAAUGGCAAACUAAGAGUAGACGAAAGAGGAGUAAUUGAUGGUCAAAUUGUAACUGUCACUCCUCACAAGAAUUUCAGACUGAUUCUUACUAUGGAUUGUGCCAAUGGUGAGCUAUCUAGAGCAUUUCGAAAUCGAGGAAUUGAAAUUUAUAUGUUGGGAGAAGAAGACAAUGGAGGCCAAAUGGACAAUGAAGAUAUAUGGCAAUUGUUUCUAGAUGCUGGUUUACAAAGCAGGUCUUUGCAAGACUGGAUUUCUCGUCUGCUGAAUACACUUCGUCCAUUUUCUCAAGGACCUUUUUUCUCAGCUGCAAGGUUUAUCCUUGAUGCAGUAAAGCUACUUGGACUACUACUUUCCAGAGGUGUUGAGUUGAUUAGUGCUGUGAAGACUGCAUUUGAAGAAAGUCUUCCUGUUCAUCUACUUCAUCCUGACAUAAAAGAUGCUGUGCAACAUGUACUGGAUGAUGCAUAUGCUGAGCUGCCUUCAGUAGAUCUAAACACUCUACCAGGUACAACUAUACAGCCUUCAACACAUCAUUGCAUUUUGGACUCAAGGAUGGCCAUGAUUCGUCGGGAAUCUCAGUUGCUCCUCAAAUAUUUAUUGUCAUCUGAUGGUAUUUUGCCUAUUAUUCAAAGGCUUUUGCCUGACAUACAGGGUAAUCAGUUGCAAAAGGACUCUCUCGUGUUUCAAGCAAUAGUACUCUAUUCAGAAAUGGCAUCUCCUUCAGAUCUAGCAAGGCGCUUUUUAUGGGUGCAAAGGAAAUUGGAUACAUUUAAAACUGUAAUAGGAGUGGAAGGAGUAAUGACCAUCAUUAACAGUGUGAAAGAGGCUCUUACAGCAGUGUUCAGUCACCCUUUGUAUGUUAAAUUGUGUGACCAACUUGGAGCUCAGGAUACUUCACUGGCAUAUCUUGGUGUGAACAAGAUGAAAUGGCCUUUACUGGAAAGCAGAAGAAUUUGGGCACUGUGGCGGUAUAUGGUAGAGAAACAAAGAUUGAGUCAGCUUUCAUUGUCUGUCAAGCAUCCUAGAGAAGGAAGUGUCUUGGCCUUUGGUGUAGCUGCAGUAUCCGGUCUUAUAGCAUCUGAAACUCUUGCACACCCGUGCAUGACACACCUAGUGCAGGUUUUAUUAGAGUAUGAAGCCAUUGUACUGGCUUUAUUAAACCAGUUAUGUAUUUCAUCGUACGAUGAGGCCCUGCAGGUUGAAAUGUCUUUCCAAUGGUACUGGAGGCUGCAGCGUGUGUGCUGUUUGGAGUUGGGUUGCCAACCAAACAUAUCCAGGAUUAGAUUGCACUGGCAAUUAUUUAAAACGCUUAGUCUUGAUUUACUGAAUGUUUUAGUGGCAAAGUUUGGUGUAGUAGUUCCUGUUGAAUUGAGUACUGCACUGUCAGAUUUGGAUGAUGCACUUGAGACCACUUCAAAUUCAGCUUUUGAACAGUGGCACAAAUAUUUUGGUUAUCCUCGACCUUUUCGAUCACGUGUAGUUGCACAGGCUUAUAUGGAGGUAGAAACAUUUGUUUCUGCUUUUCAAGGAAGAAAAGUUUCCAAGCAGCGCUUGCUGGAGAUAUUGAGACUCUUGGUAGCUCUGUGUGACUUGAAUGCCUCUACAUCAGAAGUGGAUAAGCAAAGUGGCAUUUAUCUUGUUGAGAAAGCAUUGUCUAUGUGUGGUGACAGUGUUGUAAACCAAGAAGAAAGGAAAGUUGAGAAAAAUGGCAGUUUACAGAGUCUAUAUGAUAUAAAUUGCCUGUAUUUUGAGGCAAGAGUUGUAUCUAGGACAUGUCAAUUUGUUUUGAUUGAAGAAGACAAAUUUGAUGAGAAGCUAACUACCAGUCUUACUCAACAAAUUUCCAGCAUUUUGGAAUGUAAUUUUUCAACAGCUACAACUCUGAUCAACAACAUUGCUCAAUAUAUGAGACUGGAAAAUACUGUAACAAGGGGUGAUAUUAGUCAAGUAAGGUCUUGUCUACCAGAUCUGCUGCUUUCAGUGAAUGAAAGACUGAUGGCUUGUGGCAUUAAUAAUUACUGGGACCAGCUUUCUGAACAACCUGACAUAGUGAAAGAUGCUGCUGAUGCAAUGAGACUGAAACAGGAUGUCAACGUGCUGGAUUCUGCUGCUCGCUCAGUGUGUAUAUUUUACUAUAUGAGAACGUUUGGCAAUACAUAUCAGAGCUACUCAACAGCAGCCUCUACAAAUAUGUGUCAAAAUGUGAACAUUACAAACUACAAAACAACAGUAGAUGACUUAGUGGAAUUGCAAAAGUAUUUGUGGAUGUCAUUCAACACAGAUUGUUCUCAAGUUUCUUACAGAGCCUCGCUUUGGAUUCGUUUAGCUGCAUUGUCUAUGGAUGUUGUGCUGGGUUUACAUGUGACUCCUCAGUGUUGUAAGGAGGUGUUAAGCCAGCUGAAUGCUGCAGCAGUGAAUGCUUGUGAGUGUGACGAUGCUUGCAAAAAGCAGGUUGCAAUUAUUGUCUUCAAAGGAUUGGAGGUUUGUAAAGACUGUGCACUUCAGCUUACAGUCAACGGAGAGAAACUGUUGCUUACUUGUUUGAAAUGUUUGUUGUGCAUACUUACUCUUGAGCAAGACAACAGAGCAGAGCUCACAACUUUAGGGCAAGGAUUAGCAUCAUGUGGCUUGCUACGUUUGCUCCUUCUUACUCCAGAUAACACCAUUGAUCCAGUAGAGAAAGAGAAAUGCCAACUUGAUUGGGCAAAUGCUGAGCUUGUGGAUAAACGCUGUGAAUUAGUAGUGCAGCAAGCACAAGAUGUUUUACUGAAUGGCAGAACACAAUUUCCUUCUGUUUGCAAUUGUGAUUGGUCCACCAGCAGUAGUUUUCCUGGGAUGGAACACUCGUGUUGCCCUCACCAAGAACACUAUCUGUUGACAUGGUGUCAUCGCUUGGUUUCCAUUGUGUCUGAUUUAGAGAACAAAGCUGCAUACAGGCCUGAAACAAGCCAGUUUGUUGAACUAGUUGGUGACAUACAGCGAUUUACAACAGCUAUUGCAUCAUGCGAUCAGGUUCAGAGUUUGAUCAACAGGUUAUGUGAAUCAGUGUCAUGUGGAUCACGAAAAUCAGAAGUUGUGGUGAAAGAAGCCAGAGUGUUUUUGCAGUCAUCUCAUUUGUUGCUUACUCAUUUGAAACAAUCAUAUCCAUUCUAUCGUGACAUGAUUAUGCCAUUUGCAGCAAGCCUAUUUCAAGUAAUGGAGGGAAUUCAGACACUGUUGACGGCCAUUCACAUUUCAUCAAGUAAAACUGCCAUAGCUGAUUUGGUGGUAUCUAGCCUCUGUCAGUUGCCAGGGUGUGAUAGUCUUCUUCAUUCAGCUGAAGCGCUAGUGAAUGCAUCAUAUUCAGAGCUAUGUUCAGAUGAAAUUGUCUGUCAGCAACUAGUUGAGAGGGGGCAGCUGGCAGCUAUUGCUUUGAUACAGACUUCUUGUGAAAUGUGUGGAUUGCUUGAAACACCAGCAAAUGACCUAUUGCAGUUAAGUUUAUCAAAAGUUUCACAUUUGUGGAAGAUUGCUAAAGAAGAGAAAAGUAAAAGACACGAGGCAUCUCCACUGUUCAAGUACAAAACAGAGAAACAUUUGUCUGACGAAACACAGAAUCUUGAAAUUGAUGAGAACGAGUUUAGUCGCUUUUCAGAUUUUGAAGACAUUGUCAACGAACCAUCUCUUUCAGACUCUCAUCAUGUCUCACAGAGUUUAACGUACUCUUUGCAGGUUGUGUCACCACUUGUGGAUUUGGAUGUCAGACUUGUUUCUAUUCAUCACUGGGUAUACACAAAACUUGUCAGGACAAGCUGGAUUUGGCAGAGAGAUUUUGAUCUGAAUGCCAGUAGCUUGAAUAAAGGCAAAGUUCGUAGCCUUUUUGCAUUUGGCUACCAAAUGGUGUGGCUCUUUGCUGAUUGUUUGAAGUCCAGCAAUUUGGACUCUAAACUGAGUUGCAGUCAUUUGCUGGCUGUAAACGAUCAGUUGAGAAGUUUUACGGAACCCACACAUGUGACUGUGUCUUCUAAUCAUUGUCUAGUUGGGUUUCAGGACCUGGAUGCUCCUUACGACAUCUACAAGGAUAGCAAUGUGAAUGAAACUACUUCUCUAGCACCUGUGCUUGGACAUCUUUCUUCACAUAUUACCAUGCUGUUGGAAAUGUGGCCAGAAAAUCCAAUGCUGACUCAACUACUUGUAAUUGUUGACCGGAUCAAGUCAUUUUGUGUAACAAGUCCACUGACAAAGUUUUUGGCUGGUUUAGAAUUGUUACUUCAGAAGUCUCAAGAUUGGGAGUUGUGUGCUGCAUCUCAAUAUUCUCUGAAAAAAGAGCUGAGUGAGGUGUCAGAAGUUGUCCUACGCUGGCGGAAGAUGGAAUUGAAAUCAUGGCCAUCAGUAUUGGAAACAGUGUAUUGGAAACACGCUUGUAAAACAUCACGUUGGUGGUUCUAUUUGUAUGACAUCAUCCAGCCAUAUUUGGAGUCUUCGUGCAAUUGCAACACAGAAGUUAAUAGUGUUUUCAAUCAGUUUAUGGAGUCAUCGACUUUAGGAGAAUUUUCAUCAAGGCUGCAGAUGAUCUUUGCAUUUCACUGUUACCUUGCAUCUACUGUCGCAAGUCCUGAAUGUCAUCCAGUUGUAUGCACAUUGUGGCACACUUACAACUACUAUCGACAGUUCCUGACAUCAGUUACUGACUAUAUUGUGAAGAUGCGUGUUCCAAUUGAGAAAGAACUAAAGGAUAUGACUGAAAUAACAAAGUGGAGUGACGUAAACUACUGGGCUUUGAAGCACUCAACUGAAAAGUCACACAAGACACUCCACAAGCUGGCGAGAAAAUAUGAGGAAUUGCUGAAUGGUCCUGUCAAUGUCGUGUUGAACGUGAAGAGUCUGGUACAGUUUAUGGUGUCACUAGAUUCAGUAUCAGGAGGAUGCACUGCUGCCCAUGUAAUAGAUGAAGAAAUGAUGGCUUCUGUACUUGACCACUUACGUCUUGAUUUCAAUCUCGAGAACAAGCAGUUCAUGGAGAGUAUGAUGGAAGUCUCUAUUGACACUGGAACACCAGGACUACAUGAUGUCAAUGUUUGUUUGCUUGGAAGAAAACUUAAGAAACAGAUUACAAGAUUGAUGACUGUGUCUGCAGUUCACACUCAUCUUGACAACUUGAAUAGCAUAUUUGGAAUGACAAGUCAAUUGCAGGAGAUGCUUAAAAUGGAUCAUGGGGGCAGUGUGGACAGAAUUCAUAUAAAGCGUCAGACUCAGCAGAAGCGACUGUUGUUGUCUAGUCUGCUGAAGGCUCUCAAAACAGCAGGGCUGUCAUACAGAAAAGGAAAUCGUAUGAGACAAUCAGGAGGUGCUUAUUCACAGUGUUUUCUACUUCCUGCUUUGGACAUUGGAGCUGCUGCAAAGCAAUUUGAAAUAUUGGCCUUUGGAAAAUGGAGCCACAAACAUUUGCAGGCAACAGUCAGUGCUUGGGAAACCAGUCAGCAACAGUUUUACUUGUCGUUGGCUCAGAUGGCAGCGUUUGAUGCAGCUCUUUUAUCACCUUCAAAAGAUGUAAACUUUGUUGAGCUGGAAAAGAUUUCUGGUUAUGGGAUAUGUCUUGCUGAUGUGUUGUGUCAUCAACAUGAAGCAUUAAGCAAAUUUGUGCUUUUGUUUUUACGUCUUUGCUUUCUACUAGAUCCACUGAAGCAUAUGGUGAGUGAUAGUGAAUGUGAGACAACCUUUCCAUUGCCAUCUCAAAACAAGACUCAUCAUUGGAUGAUGCUGCUGAAAGAUUUGGUGAAUAGUACUUUACUUCGACUUCAUCAGUUUUUACUGGUUCUAGACUGUUACCCUUUCAAGGAUGUUUUUAAUGAGAAGUAUAGGCAAGAUUUGCCAUUGUACUCUCAAAGAUGUGGUUAUGAAAUAGUUGUUGAGGGGAGAAAGGAAAUUGAGGCUGUUGUUGGGAUGGUAUCAGAACUGAAGCGCCAAGUAGACAAACUAGUUUUACCAUUUCUAAUUGGAUCAAGCAAUGGUUGUAAUAGACUUCUUACAAGAGCGGAUGCCUUGCAAGUAUCUGCGGGGUAUGAAAAGUGUGCACGUAUUUCUGACCGUCUUUCAGUUGUCUUGAGGAGCUUGCAGGGUGAGGCACCAUGGAGUGGUGAUGGAGGAAUACUAGCUAUUCUGAAAGAUAUCGAGGACCACAUUACAACGACCGUUGAUCAAUACAUGCAAUGGUGGGACACAGAAAUAUUACAGGAUGUUAGCAAUUGUGACGGCAGUAGUGAUAUCAGUGGCACAUUUUCUGAGUUCACUGAUGCUAUCAAUUGUCUUGUGACUAAUCUAUUGGAAGUUGUCCAACAUCUGGUUUUGGUUGAAUGUCCUAUAGAAGAAACUGAAGGACGUUGUUGGGAGGUACAACAAGGUCUUUUGACUGGUCUUCUGCAUGGCAAGACAAAGUCACGACUACAGUGCUUGAAUAUUGAAAAGAUUUUUAAAGCUAUGGAAAGGGUGACUUCAUUGUUACUUACAGCAGCUAACGCUACUUUCUCUUCAAUUCCACAGACUGUGCAAAUGAUGUGGAAUAUGGUCUUAAGACUAGUUCGUGUUUCUUCUUUGGUGGAAAGCUAUACAGUCUUGGCAUCGUGGUACUUAUCAGAGUCUGUGGCAGUUCAUAAGGCAAUCAGUCAUUUACUAUUGGAUAUACUGCGUGUUUUCACUACUACUGUGGCAGAGGGUUUUGGUACUCCUGAAGAAAUUGUUGAAGAGGCAGUUGGAGAUGGUAAAGCAGACUUUCAAGAUGUUGAUCCUGCGGGAAUGGGAGAAGGAGAAGGAAUUAAGGAUGUGAGCAAUCAAAUUGAGAGUGAAGAUCAACUAUUGGAUACAAAUAGUUCUGGAGACAAACAGCAGCAGCAAGAUGAUUCGAAUCUAAGAAACGAGGAAAAUGCUAUUGAGAUGUCUGAGGAUAUCGAUGCUUCAUUUGCUGAUGAUGAUCCAAGGACACAGGUUGAUUCAGAUGAGGAUAGUGACCAAGCCGAGGAUGAGGAUGAUGACAUUAAGGAAAGCAUGGGAGAAAUUGGUGGUCCAGGAGAAGAGAAACUAGACAAUAGAAUGUGGGGAAGUGACUCUGAAGAUGAAGAAGACCCUCCUGCAACUGACACUGAAAAUGGAAAGAAUGGUAGUCAAGCACAUGAAUCACAUCUUGUAGCUAAAGGUGAAAAUCAAGUUGGAAAUGAUCGGAACAAUGACAAACAUCAAGAAAUAGAAGAAGAAACAACAAAUAUUAAUGAAGUUGAGGUACAGGAAGAGGAGGACAUGCGGGAUGUUGCAGAUAACAUUCCUGAGGCUUUGCCACCAUCUGAUGCAACUCUAGAUCUACCAGAUGACAUGGCAAUAGACAGUGAAGAUAUUCCAGAGCCAUCACCUGAUCUUGAAAUGCAGGAGACACUAUCUGAUGUACCAGAAGAAGACAAGGAAAAUGGUGAUAGUGAGUGUGAUAAUGGAAAAGCAGAAAAGCUGAAUGACGUUGAUGAAGCUGAAGAAGCUCAAUGUUUGACAGAAACCAGUGUUGCUGGUCAGGAAAAUACAACAGAAGAGACAAACAUGGAGGCAGUCAACUCUGAAAAUGAUCUUAAUAAUGCACAAUCUGAUACAACACAAGCCCAUUUAGAGCAGUCUGCUGCUGGAAAUGAGUCUGCUGCAGAAGUUUUGGAAACAAAAGAUUUGGCCUCAGAAGAGCAGAAACAACAAAUGACUGUUGGUCUUGAAAGAUCGCAGGUCACUGAAAGUGGUGAUCAAGAAGGACAAUCUACUGAUGCUGCUGGUGAUAGUAUAAAGGAGAUGAGCAGACAUUCAAAACAAAAGCAAGAUGUUAAUAAAGAGCCACCAAAGAGGUCUCGAUUGAUGAAAUCACACGAAAAUCGUCAACAGGACUUAUUGUCUGAACCAAAUGCGAAAAAACAGAGAGUGCUAGACAAGGAUGAUGACGAUGUAGGAUCACAUACUGAAAAGACAGACAGGGAUGAACCAAUGGAGGCUGAUUCUUAUCAACACAUGCCACUUGAUGACAGUGAGGAACAUGAUGAUGUGACAGUUGCAGCUGCAACUGAAGACCAAGCCAGGCAAGUAGCUGAAAGAUGUGACGAUGAGUUUGCAAAUCAAGAUUUGAUGAUGGAGUCGACUGAUGAAAUGCUGCAAUGCACGUCAACUUCAAACGAAGAUGACCAGCAGCAACAGGGUGCUAGGAGUUCAGAAAGUGUUGACAGAGACGUACCACUCAAUGAACUAACAGAAACCGAGGCUGAUGAUAAUGUGUUGAAUAGUUCUGUUGAUCGUCCUCAUACAGACGUAAUGUCCAGUCAGAGGACAGAAAGCUCUUUGCAGCGUGGACUGAUGCUGUUUGAAAGGCAAAAGAUUGACAUCAAUGCUCUUCGACGUGAGCUAGAAUCACAACUUAAUGUUGACAAGGAACCUGAACAAUUUAGAAAGCCUGAUGCAUUGUCUGCCGAGAUGUGGAUGAAAUACUCUGUGUUGACUGCCCAGCUUUCACGUGAACUUUGUGAGCAGCUACGUCUUGUUUUAGAACCAACACAAACUGCUCGACUUAGAGGCGACUAUAGGACAGGGAAAAGACUCAACAUGAAGAAAGUGAUACCAUACAUCGCAAGUCAAUUUCGAAAAGAUAAAAUUUGGCUUCGGCGCACAAAGCCUAGCAAGCGUCGAUAUCAGAUUAUGUUGGCUAUUGAUGACUCAUCUAGUAUGGCUGACAACCAGUCAAAGCAGAUGGCAUUUGAGGCAUUGGCUGUCAUUAGUAAUGGUCUUCGGUGGUUGGAGUCAGGGGAGUUUGGAGUUUGUAGCUUUGGAGAAUCUGCAAGAAUUGUUCAUUCACUGAAUGAACCAUUUACAGAUCAGUCGGGGAUAAACACCAUUUGCCAGUUUAGCUUUCAACAGAAGAAGACUAGAGUAGCUGAGAUGGUACAGAAAUGUACAGCAAGUAUGCUCUCUGCAAGACAACAUGCUGCUGGUAUGAACAGCCAAUUGUUAUUGGUUAUUUCAGAUGGACGUGGCAUCUUUCUAGAAGGAACUGAGGUUGUUAGAUCUGCCAUAAGAGAGGCACAUAAUGCUGGUGUUCUAAUUGUUUUCAUCAUUGUUGAUAACCCCACAAACAAGGAUUCUAUUAUGGAUAUCUUGGUUCCUGUCUUCCACUCUGGUCGGAAGUUACCUAUUAUCAAAUCGUACAUGGAUGACUUUCCAUUUCCAUUCUACAUCUUGUUGCGAGAUGUCAUUUCUUUGCCUGAAACUUUGAGUGAUGCGCUACGACAAUGGUUUGAAUUCAUUGCUGCAGUAGAUUACUAGACAAAGUUUUGUUUGACUAGGUAUGAUACAGCAGUAAAAUUGUUCAUUUUAAUAGGUAAUACAUUUAUUUAUUUGUAACUGCUUAGUCGACGUAGUUGUCUCACUUUGAUGUCCUGAAGAAUUUUUAUGUGUGGUCAGUGUACAUGUCUACUCUGAUGCAGCAUGCAAUUGCAAAUUAAUUAAAUGAAUGGCUG